ACGUCAUUCCGUCGCGCCUCUCUCUCUCUCUCUCUCUCUCUCUUUGAGAGAGUCGCCUUCCGGCUGGGCGGGGAAAGGAGGCCGAGUGAGAGGGCGGAUGGGCCCGGUGUCCUCCGUCCCCCGGGGGUGACCUGGGUCGCCCCCCCCCAGCAUGAGCGCGGGGCCCGAGUGUGAACCCCCCGGGAAAAGGGCUCGCUUGGGCCCCGGCUGCUCCUUCCCUUCCUCCGAGGCGGUGGUGGUCUCGCAGCCCCCGCCGCCGCCUUCCCGCCGCCGGGAGGAAGGGCCCGAACCCGGCGGCCCCUCAGCCACCGUGGGAAACAAAGUUUACAAACAAAAGAGGAUUACGUCUUGGAUGGAGAACAAAGGAUCCAGAACUGUAGAAUCUGAAAGACAAAGCAAAAGAAGCAACAUGGAAGCAGAGUCCCAAAUGGCCUUAGUUAAAAAAGAUCAGGUUUUCGACCACGAUGCCAAAAAGGCUGAGGGCCUCUUCCAGCAGGGCUGCUCAGAUUUAUCCGCAGAAAUGAGCACCAUGCAGGGUCUUUUUCCUCCAGCUGAGGGCACCUGUAGGGAUAAGCUCUCUGAAGCCGAGGCUCUGAAACAAAGACAGGCGAGCGAGCCCUUGAAAAAUGCGAACGUUCACCAGGUAUACAAAACCGGCACUCAGGCUUAUCGAGCCGGUCCUGAAAUCCGGGAAAACUGCCCCGCCCGGAAGCUUUCAAUAGGCAGCCCCACAAAGAUGCCAAAUCUAAAACAGGCUUCCAAAGACUGGGAUCCUGCAAGGGAAGGAACUCCGCAGAGUCCACAGCCAUUGAAAAACUGCAGUUCUGAGGAUCCAGUAGGUUUUAAAGCUGAGCCGGACGAGACAGACAUGAUCCCGGAGAGCCCGCUUUCCGACAGAGGCUGUCUGGCGACUUCGUCUGAUCUUUACGGGUUUUGGGACAGAGAUCAGGGGCGCUUAGGGGAGUCGCCCUCUUUUGAGAAGGAGAGUGAGCCCGAAUCGCCAAUGGAUGUGGAUAACUCCAAAAACAGUUGCCAGGGGUCAGAGGUGGAUGAGGAAAUCAGCCCCCUUCUCGAGGACCACGGAGAUAUCAGUGUGUUGAAAGGACCAGGCGACUCCACCCAGUUCCAGAGGGCAGAGACUGACCCGGAACCCAGAAAGCGACAGUUUGCUCCCCCGAAAAGCGAAGGAGCCCGAUUUAGCCUCAACACCGAGGGAGUGGACAAUCCCUGGAAAGAUACUGAAAUGCACAUGGAAGUAAUGGGACCCUCACCUCACCUGGCAUCGGAGGGCAGAAGUGCCAAGCACGGGGGAAGGAAGGACUCUAAAAUUACUACCCAUUUCCCAAGGAUCCAUAGAGGGGAUGAGAAAAGGAGUGAACAUCGUCCAGGAAGGAAGCAUUGUAGAUACACCCCUCCCUCACUCCCAAGUAACAAAAAGUGGUUUGGGACCCCAAUUGAAGAAAUGCGAAGAAUGCCAGACUGUGGGCGUCAUCUUCCUCAUUUGAGACCAUCUGCCAAUCAUACGGUUACAAUCAGAGUAGAUCUUCUGAAGGAAGGAGAAGUACCUAAACCUUUCCCGACUCAUUAUAAGGAUUCGUGGGACAAUAAACACGUGAAGAUGCCUUGCUCAGAACAGAAUUUAUAUCCUAUAGAGGAUGAGAACGGCGAUAGGACUGCUGGGAGCCGAUGGGAAUUAAUACAGACUUCGCUCCUCAAGAAAUUCACAUGUUCCCGAGAUUUGAAGGAAGCUAUCCUCAGGUAUAAUAUCACUUAUGCCAAGAAAUGGGACUUCACAGCCCUUACUGAAUUCUGCGAUAAGGUGCUGGAAGACGCUGAGGCCCAGCAUCUUUUUCAGUCCAUUCUGCCUGACAUGGUGAAACUGGCGCUCUCUCUGCCCACCAUCUGCACCCAGCCAAUCCCUCUUCUAAAGCAGAAAAUGAACCACUCGGUCACAAUGUCCCAAGAACAGACGGCCAGUUUGCUAGCCAAUGCCUUCUUCUGCACUUUUCCUCGGCGCAACGCCAAGAUGAAAUCGGAGUAUUCAAGCUAUCCGGACAUUAACUUCAACAGAUUGUUUGAGGGGCGAUCUCCAAGAAAGCCUGAGAAGCUGAAAACCCUCUUUUGCUACUUCCGAAGAGUCACUGAAAAAAAACCCACUGGACUUGUGACAUUUACCAGACAGUGUCUACAGGAAUUUCCAGAAUGGGAAAGAUCUCUGAAAAAAAUGCCCAGGUUGCAUGUCACCCAUGAAGGGACGAUUGAGAGUAACGGGCGGGGAAUGCUCCAGGUUGACUUUGCAAACCGCUUUGUUGGAGGGGGUGUCACUGGUGCAGGAUUGGUGCAAGAAGAAAUCCGCUUCUUAAUCAAUCCAGAACUGAUCGUCUCUCGUCUCAUUACGGAGGUGCUGGAUCAUAACGAGUGUCUGAUCAUCACAGGGACUGAACAGUACAGUGAAUAUACUGGCUAUGCAGAAAGCUACCAGUGGGCCAGGAGCCAUGAAGAUGACAGGCCCAGGGAUGAAUGGCAGAGACGCUACACAGAAAUUGUGGCUAUAGAUGCUUUUCAUUUCAGACGUUUUCUGGAUCAGUUUGCUCCAGAGAAAAUUAGAAGAGAGCUGAACAAGGCUUUCUGUGGUUUCUCUCGGCCUGGUCUCCCUCCGCAUCACCUUCCAGCUGUCGCGACAGGAAACUGGGGCUGUGGGGCUUUUGGAGGAGAUUCAAGACUGAAAGCCUUAAUACAGAUCUUAGCAGCUGCCGAGUCCGGGCGUGAUGUGGUUUAUUUCACCUUUGGAGAUGCUGAGUUGAUGAGAGACAUUUAUAGCAUGCACACGUUCCUGAGUGAGAGGGGCCAAGCGGUGGGAGAUGUUUACAAGCUGUUGCUUCGAUACUACAAUGAAGAAUGCAGGUGUUGCUCUACAUCAAGGCCAGAAAUCAAGCUGUACCCUUUCAUCUACAAUGCAGUUGAGUCCUACAUAAACCCUCCCGAGGAUGAGAAAGGACGGGGUUUGGAUGAUUAGAGUGACCGCAUGCCCAAUGACCGUGCUUUCUCUUUUCCCUAUGAAAUAUCAGUUGAAUUGCUGGAUGUCAUAUAUAAGUUGUCUGAAGACCAACACUGGUAUUUGAGAAGAAAUCUGUUUUCUUUCCAAACCAGAAAGUAAACUUGAUGACAGCAUAUACAGAGUUUAAUCCAUUUCUUCUCCCUCGCCAAGAAAUGACAGUUGGCGGAAGACUUUCAUUCCUUACAGGAUUCUCUGAAAAUAGAUGGAUACGGCCUGCCUUUUUAUUUUUAUAAUUGUCUCAGUGUCCACAUACAUUUAUGUAUGGAGUUCACUGGCAUAGGCACACGGUCCCCAUAUGAAUAAGUGAUUUCUUUAGCACACACGGCAGCGGUACAACUUUAAAGGGGUAGAUGUGGAGGAAAAAAACCCCAAGGAAAAUAUAUAAAUAGAUAUAUUUUGCAUUACAUACACAAUUCAAGUCAUCCUGAUUUUUUUUUUUAAAUUUAGAUUUCACUUUUUCAGACAGUCUCUUCUUCUUCUGUAUUAACAAGAGGCAAGAAUAGGCAAGAAUAACAGAAAAACAGUGAGUUCUCCAGAACUACCCUCUGAAUGGAAAGCGGCUGGAAGAGGACAGGGACGGAGAAUGGAAAAGGCAGUGGUGCAUUUGGGUUGCAAAAGAGCCAGGAUCAGAUUUAGAAAUGGUAAGGAGACUUUUGAUGUAGAUUUACAUUUAAAAACUUAUAGCAAGGGCCAUAUAUUUAUGAUAUAAUUAAACAGCUUUUUUUUUAAUCACACAAAGUUCUUUGCUGGAUUUUGUGAUCUUGCUGAGAGGCAAAUAGAGAUAUAUAUUAUUUAAAUGUACAACAAGAAUCUAGACUCUUAUACUUAGGGGUUCAUUAUAUAAUGAUAAAACCUCUGUAUAGCAUGCAUCAGGUGCAGUUCGGAAGGUCAUUCAAAGUGAUCGACUAUCAAUCGGAGCAUAAGCUCCACAGAGCAGGCUUGCUCCAUCUUUCCUAGCCUAAGAAAAGUUACCUCGGGGGAGAGGGGAGAAGAAAAAUGGAAAGAUACUGGUUGCUCACUGAAUUUGGCAAAGAGAGGAGAAGGGAGUUUAUCCGCCAGGAGAUGCCAUACAAACUGCCUUCUGUCCAGCUGAGAGAGGAGGGUGAUGGGGAGCCCAAAGAAGGCUUGGCUGCUUAACGAGGAAUGGAGCCUGGCCGACCAUCUCUCCCACUUCAGAGUAAAAGAGCUCAGGGUGGAGAGAUGAAUGGGAACGCUUUGGCUCCGCUGGCUGCCUGAUGGAAGACCCCGAGGAAGGUCUAGGGCAGAAGGUUCAUCGAUUCUCAUCACGUCUUCCGGAAUGGCUCCAUCCCGGCCUUCCCACCAGUGUGGAACGCGCCCACCCACAGGGAGCUCCCUUUCCCCUUCAACAAGGAGGGACAGUUGUGGGAUAGUUGUCCAGCCAACAAGCCAAUGCGGCCAAAAAGUGCAGCUUUUCUCUCUCGGCCAAUCCUUGUGGUCGCCGGGCGAUUGAUUACAAAAGCUGGCAGGUUGGGCAGUUGGUUCUUCCCUUUUACUGGAGCGGUGGGGGAUCUUGAUCUUGUGCUAUGUAUUCAGGAUGCCUUUUGGUAAUGGAAAAAUAAUAAAAUUGAUGGAUGUUUUUCUCUA